AUGUCGGAACCUCAUCGCGAUGUCUCCCAGUACAAGUACUCGGCCAUGUCCAACCUGGUCCUCCAGGCGGACCGUCGAUUUGUCUCGCGACGAAAUGACGAGUCUACUGGUGACCCAGAGUCCCUCGCGGGGCGCUUGAGCAUUCGUGACAUGGGUGCGCGAGUCGCUCGUGACGAGGCGCCGAAGCAAAAGAGGCAACCCGGUUUACCAGACAUUCAGAGAGGCAGCAUUAAAGAAGGCCAGGACGUUCUUCUGCGCGAACAGCAAAAACGAAAGGCUGACAACGCCAACCUCCGAGCUACUGGCGUCCUUGGCGCAAACGAGCCCUUGGUAGAGGGUAUCACCUACCGACCUCGCACCCUCGCAACACGUGCCACAUUCGAUUUAAUACUCACUCUUGUCGCAACGACACUAGGAGAUGUACCACAUGAAGUCGUUCGAAGCGCAGCCGAUGCAGUUCUGGAAUACUUGAAAGACGAUGACUUGAAAGAUCUUGACAAGAAGAAGGAGAUCGACGAUAUCCUCGGCGCGACGCUGAACCCCAAGCAAUUCAACGAAUUGAUCAAUCUUGGCAAAAAGAUCACGGAUUACGAUGCUCAAGAUGAUGAUGACGACGUUGCCAUGGGCGACGGCACCGGCGACGCUGAAAUCGACGAGCGUCAAGGAGUUGCUGUCGACUUUGACGAUGAAGAAGAUGAAGACGAACUUGUCCCUGAGGUCCGCGACGACUCAUCUGAUAGCGAAGAUGAAGAUGAUGCCGACGAGAAUGGGACACCGAAGCCAGAGACUGACGCAAAAGAUGACGACAACGAGAUGGUUCUCGAUGCAGGUCAAUCCGGUGGCAAGGCCGACAAGACCGACAAGGGCACCAUCGCAGCCAGAGAUAUUGAUGCUUUUUGGCUCCAAAGAAAAAUUGGCGCUUUCUAUCCCGACGCUCAUGAGCAGACUGACAAAACAAAGGAAGCCCUCCGCAUUCUGUCAGGGGAGCCUGACGAUGCUGGCGGUGAAGACAGGUCUCUGCGAGAAAUUGAGAAUGACUUGAUGGAACUGUUCGAUUUUGAGCAUCAUGAACUUGUGCAGAAGCUUGUCGAGAACAGAGAGAAAGUCUUUUGGCUUACCAAGCUGGCCAGAGCCGAGAAUGCCGAAGCCCGCGAGCAGGUUGAGCGUGAGAUCGCCUCUGAAGGAUUACAACACAUUCUGAACGAGCUCCACGGCAAGACUGGCGAGGAUGGAGAGCAUAAGGGUAUGAAGAUGGAUAUCGACGUACCCGCAUCAUUUACAGCAAAUCAGCAAAAGGAAGAAGCCACCGAUGGCCGUCUUGUCGGUGGUCUUCAGCCGAGAAAGCUCAUCAACCUUGAUAACCUGGUAUUUGACCAAGGGAACCAUUUGAUGACAAAUCCCAAAGUUCGACUACCCGAGGGCUCUACUAAACGCUCAUUCAAGGGCUACGAAGAAAUUCAUGUGCCACCUCCCAAGAAGCGCAACGAUCCCGAUGACGUUCUUAUUCCAAUUACCGACAUGCCAGAGUGGUCACGCGCGCCUUUUGGAACUACUAAGUCUCUCAACAAGAUUCAGUCCAAGUGUUUCCCUACAGCCUUUGGUGAUGACGGCAAUAUGCUCAUUUGCGCACCGACAGGUUCUGGCAAGACCAACGUUGCUAUGCUCACCAUCCUCCGCGAGAUUGGGAAGAAUAGAAACCCUGAAACGGGCGAUAUUGAUCUGGACUCCUUCAAGAUUGUCUACAUUGCACCUCUCAAAGCCCUAGUGCAAGAACAGGUUGGCAACUUUGGCAAGCGUCUGGAGCCAUACGGUAUUCGAGUUGCAGAGUUGACUGGUGAUCGUCAGCUCACCAAGGCUCAAAUUGCUGAAACGCAAAUCAUUGUCACGACUCCCGAGAAAUGGGACGUCAUCACGAGAAAAGCCAACGAUUUGUCAUAUACUAACCUGGUUCGUCUCGUCAUCAUUGACGAAAUUCACUUGCUUCACGAUGACCGUGGCCCUGUUCUGGAGAGCAUCGUCAGCAGAACCAUUCGCAAGACGGAGCAAACCGGAGAACCGGUACGUCUCGUCGGUUUGUCUGCCACACUACCCAACUACCGUGAUGUUGCCAGCUUCCUGCGCGUCGAUGUUGACUCUGGUCUCUUCCACUUUGACGGAUCUUUCCGACCUUGCCCCCUGCGCCAAGAAUUUAUUGGUGUAACGGAUCGCAAGGCCAUCAAGCAGCUCAAGACAAUGAACGAUGUCACGUACAACAAGGUUCUAGAACACGUCGGCCAAAACAGGAACCAGAUGCUGAUUUUCGUGCACUCUCGGAAAGAGACAGCGAAAACUGCUCGCUACAUCAGAGACAAGGCUUUGGAGAUGGAGACGAUCAACCAAAUUCUCCGCCACGAUGCUGGUAGUCGUGAGGUCCUUCAGGAAGCUGGCAGCCAAGCUACGGAUAAGGACCUCAAAGAUCUGCUGCCUCACGGUUUUGGUAUCCAUCACGCUGGUAUGAACCGUAUUGACAGAACUGAUGUCGAAGAUCUCUUUGCCAGAGGUGCCAUUCAGGUUCUUGUCUGUACCGCCACUCUAGCUUGGGGUGUCAACUUGCCCGCCCAUACCGUCAUCAUCAAGGGUACUCAGGUCUACUCUCCCGAGAAGGGUACUUGGGUUGAGUUAAGCCCCCAGGAUGUAUUGCAGAUGCUUGGUCGUGCGGGUCGGCCCCAGUUCGACACAUACGGUGAAGGCAUCAUCAUCACCACGCAAACCGAGAUUCAAUACUACCUUUCUCUCCUCAAUCAGCAACUGCCCAUUGAGAGUCAGUUUGUUAGCAAGUUAGUCGACAACCUCAACGCCGAAAUCGUGUUAGGCAACGUCAGGACACGCGACGAAGGUGUUGAGUGGCUCGGAUAUACCUAUCUUUUCGUGCGCAUGCUGCGAUCCCCCGGAUUGUAUCAAGUAGGGGCCGACUAUGAAGACGACGUGGCUCUCGAGCAGAAGCGUGUAGACCUGAUUCACGCUGCGGCCAUGGUUUUGAAAAAGAUGAGUUUGGUCAAAUACGACGAGAAGACUGGGCGUUUCCAAUCAACUGAGCUUGGCCGCAUCGCCUCGCACUAUUACAUUACUGCCAGCUCUAUGGAAACUUACAACAACCUGAUCCAGCCUUCCAUUACCACCAUUGAGCUUUUUCGUGUAUUCUCGUUGUCAGCUGAGUUCAAAUACAUCCCAGUCCGGCAAGAUGAGAAGCUAGAGCUUGCCAAGCUUCUCGGGCGCGUGCCGAUUCCCGUCAAGGAGAGCAUCGAGGAGCCCCAAUGCAAGAUCAACGUUCUCCUCCAAGCGUACAUUUCACGCCUAUCCCUCGACGGCCUUGCGCUCAUGGCUGACAUGGUUUACAUCACCCAGAGUGCUGGUCGCAUCCUGAGAGCCGUUUUCGAGAUCGCUCUCAAGAAGAACUGGGCUUCCGUUGCAAAGACUGCACUUGAUCUUUGCAAGAUGGCUGAGAAGAGAAUGUGGCCUACCAUGACCCCCUUGCGACAGUUUCCCACCUGCCCGCGCGACGUUAUUCAAAAAGCCGAGCGUAUCGAUGUCGCAUGGGAUAGCUACUUUGACCUCGACCCUCCUCGCAUGGGUGAGCUUCUCGGAAUGCCCCGCGCUGGCCGUACUGUUUGCAACUUUGUGGCCAAAUUCCCCCGCGUCGAUGUACAGGCCCAAGUUCAGCCUAUGACCAGGUCCAUGCUGAAGGUUGAGCUCGCCAUUACUCCUAACUUUGAGUGGGAUGAUUCCGUACACGGUGGCGCGGAGAAUUUUUGGAUUUUCGUCGAGGACUGCGACGGUGAAGACAUCCUUUUCCACGACACCUUCCUCUUGCGCAAAGAUUAUGCCAUCUCCGAGUCAAACGAGCACAUUGUCGACUUCACUGUCCCCAUCACUGACCCCAUGCCGCCCAACUACUUCAUUUCGGUCGUGUCUGAUCGAUGGAUGCACUCCGAGACGCGCAUUCCUGUUUCUUUUCAGAAGCUGAUUCUUCCCGAGAAGUUCCCUCCCCACACAGAGCUGCUUGAGCUUCAACCUCUGCCCAUCUCUGCGCUCAAGACUGCAAGCUACAUCAAGCUGUAUCCCGAGUGGAGGCAGUUCAACAAGAUUCAGUCGCAGGUUUUCAACUCACUCUACAAGACGGAUCAAAAUGUGUUUCUCGGUGCUCCGACGGGCAGCGGCAAGACUGUUUGUGCGGAAUUUGCCCUGCUUCGCCACUGGGCUCAAGAGGACUCUGGCAGAGCUGUCUACAUUGCUCCUUUCCAGGAGCUCGUCGAUGCUCGUCUGCAAGACUGGCAGAAACGGCUCAGCCACUUGGCCGGUGGCAAGGAAAUUGUCAAGCUUACCGGAGAGACCGCCACUGACUUGAAGAUGCUCGAACAGGGUGACCUAAUACUUGCCACGCCCACCCAAUGGGAUGUGCUUUCGCGUCAAUGGAAGCGUCGAAAGAAUGUACAGAGUGUUCAGCUCUUCAUUGCGGACGAUCUCCACCUACUGGGAGGCUCACAGGGCUAUGUAUACGAAAUAAUCGUGUCUCGUAUGCAUUACAUCCGGACUCAGACCGAGUUGCCACUCCGAAUUGUUGCCCUGAGCGUCUCUCUCGCCAAUGCGCGUGACAUCGGCGAGUGGAUUGAUGCCAAGAAACAUGAUAUUUACAACUUUAGUCCCCACGUUCGGCCUGUCCCUCUUGAACUGCACAUCCAGACCUUUUCGAAUUCUCACUUCCCUUCACUCAUGCUUGCCAUGGCCAAGCCAACGUACGUUGCCAUCACACAAAUGUCGGCAGACAAACCGGCCGUGGUUUUUGUACCCAACAGAAAGCAAACAAGAAGCACAGCGCGUGAUUUGCUGGCUGCCUGCGUCGCAGACGAAGAUGAAGACAGAUUCCUUCAUGUUGAUGUUGAUCAAAUGAAGCCCUUGCUGGACCGUAUCCACGAGGAGGCUCUGGCAGAGGCCCUGUCUCACGGUAUUGGUUACUACCAUGAGGCGCUGAGCCAAAGUGAUAAGCGCAUAGUGAAGCAUUUAUUCGAUAAUGGCGCAAUACAGGUCCUUGUUGCCUCUCGCGAGGUGUGCUGGGAGCUGACGUGUACCGCCCACUUGGUCAUUGUCAUGGGUACACAAUACUUUGAAGGCCGCGAGCACCGAUAUGUCGACUAUCCCCUCAGCGAAGUGUUGCAGAUGUUUGGCAAGGCUCUGCAACUCUCUAAUGAUGGCCGCUGCCGCGGUGUUCUCAUGCUUCCGCAGGUCAAGCGUGAAUAUUACAAAAAGUUCCUCGGUGAAGCUCUUCCUGUUGAGUCUCACCUACACAACUACCUUCACGACGCAUUUGUGACAGAGAUCAGCACCAAAAUGAUUGAGUCUGGUGAGGACGCUAUCAACUGGUCGACUUUUACCUACUUUUAUCGUCGUCUGCUUGCCAAUCCCAGCUACUACGGUCUCACCAGCACAACUCAUGAAGGCCUCAGCAACUACAUGUCGGACCUCGUCGAGACGACUCUGCGCGAACUUGACGAGUCCAAGAUUAUCGAUUUCGAUGAUGAGGAUGGUUCCGUGUCGCCACAGAAUGCCGCCAUGAUUGGCGCCUACUAUAACAUUUCAUACAUCACCAUGCAGACAUUUCUGCUGUCAUUGUCGGCGCGUACAAAACUCAAGGGCAUACUUGAAAUUGUCACGUCAGCUACGGAGUUUGAGUCUAUUCAAGUACGCCGCCACGAGGAUGGCCUGCUCCGUCGCAUCUAUGACCGCAUUCCCGUCAAGAUGGCUCAGCCUACCUUUGAUACUCCUCAUUUCAAGGCCUUUGUUCUUCUCCAGGCGCAUUUCUCAAGAAUGCAGCUGCCCAUUGAUCUCGCCAAGGACCAAGAGACUAUCUUAUCUCGCGUUCUCAGCCUGCUAAGUGCCAUUGUGGAUAUUUUGUCGUCUGAUGGUCAUCUGAAUACUAUGAAUGCAAUGGAAAUGUCACAGAUGGUUGUGCAAGCCAUGUGGGAUCGUGACAGUCCUCUGAAGCAGAUCCCACAUUUCGGGCCCAACGUUGUCAAAGUCGCGAACGAGUUUGGCAUCAAGGAUAUCUUUGACUUCAUGGAGGCUAUGAAUCCUGACGAGAAUGCCGACUACAAGAAUCUCAUCAAGCGACUCGGCUUGUCUCAGAAGCAGCUUGGCGAGGCUGCCAAUUUCACCAACGAUAAUUAUCCCGACCUAGAGCUGGAGCAUGAGGUCUUAGCGGAGGACGAGAUCCGCGCUGGCGAGCCUGCUUAUCUUAACGUCAAAAUUGCGCGAAACCUCGAGGAGGAUGAUGGCGAAUACGAUUCGACGGUGCACGCACCAUUUUAUCCUACAAAGAAGAUGGAGAAUUGGUGGCUGGUUGUCGGCGACGACAAGACGAACAGCCUGCUCGCGAUCAAGCGUGUCACCAUUGGCCGUGAGCUGAAUGUGCGCCUCGAAUAUACGGUACCUACACCCGGUAAUCAUGAGUUGAAGCUGCUGCUCAUGAGCGACAGUUACGUCGGCGUGGAUCAAGAACGGCAAUUUUCUGUUACUGCUGCUGAGGGCAUGGAUGUUGAUUCGGACGAGGCAGAAGAAGAUGAAGAUGACGAGUAA